AUGCAAGAAACAAGGAGUCAAAUAGAUACUGUAAGACGUAUAGCAAACAAUGCACGUACGGGAUUGGAUACUUUACGAGAAGCACAAAAUACACUAAAGGAAGCAAAUGAUAUUCUUGGCUCAGUAUCAGACAUGCAUGAAGAUUGGCUUAAAGGUAUUGACAAAUCUUUAAAAAAUCACAGUCAGUCUAUUGCUGACUACAAGAAAAGUAUAGAUUUUUUACAUAGUGCUAUGGACGUACAUGAUGGAAGCAUAAGGAACUUACUUAAUGCUAACAAUAACUUACCAGGAACUAUUAAAGCAUUUAUAAAGUCCUUUGUAAAACCUGGUGCUCUAACAUUUAGGUCUUUGAGAGCAAGAGCAUUGAAGUCAAGAGAUGCAGAAACUCCAACAGAAACUCCAGAAGAACCACCAAAACCAACAGCUAAUGAAAUAUUGUUCGAAUAUUUUCCAAGGUACUCUGUUCUCAUUGCAUACAUUCAAGAAAUACUUAAGAAAGCAGACUUGACUUUAGGAGAUGAUGAAAGUUCUGUAUAUCUUUCGUUCCAGUUUCAAAUAGCAGAACUUUUGAGACAGAUAUGCUUAAUGUAUGACAACAUCUCUGAUUUCACAAGAUAUGAUGACGACCAUGACCCCGAACACGGUGAAGAAGAAGUUUUACAAACAUCCAUUAAGACAGGAAAGGUUUUAACUCAAAGUCUCAUUAUUGACACCAAAGAUGGCGAAGUGGACGUUCUUCAAGAGCUGAAGAAAAAUACUUCUUCGGGAGGUGGUGGUAGGCAUGAACUUGAAAUAAAUGAGAUAGAAGAGAAAUUAGCCGAAAAAGCAGAUAAAAACCAUGUUCAUUAUAUAAGUUCAGACGAACAGAUUAUAACGGACUACCAUGGAUAUUUAACACAGGAUGAACAAAUAAGCACUGAAGAU